GUGUCUAUGUCGUUCAGUCGUGCCGUGCCUCUGUGGAGAGAGGGCCAAGGAGCGGUCCUGAGCAACCGGUAGCUGCAACAACAGGAGCAGGAUGGGCAAGAAAAAGAAGGCAGAGAACACCUCUGAGCCCUACGGGGAACCAGCCAAAUAUGAUCCGACUUUCAGGGGCCCAAUCAAAAACAGGAGUUGCACUGACAUCAUCUGCUGCGUGCUGUUUAUGGUCUUCAUUUUGGGUUACAUGGUCGUGGGGAUAUUGGCCUGGUUAUAUGGAGACCCACGUGAAGUGAUCUAUCCCAGGAACUCUACUGGCAUGUACUGUGGCAUUGGCACUAAUGAGGAUAAACCCUAUGUCUUCUACUUUGACAUCCUGAAAUGUGCCUCUCCGACAGGCAUCCUGGCCUCUGCCCUCAACGGCCUUCAAUGUCCAACAACUCAGGUUUGUGUUUCGCAAUGUCCCAAUAAAUUCUGGCUUCCAGUAACAUCAUUCGUGUCAGGAAUUUCUCCUUCAAUUGUCUUCGAACAGGAAUACUGCAAUCCUUCCAUUGACCUGGCGACGACCACCCUGACACCACAAGAUAUUUUGCUGAAAGAACUGUGUCCAAAAUACACGAUUCCAAGCACACCGUUCCUCGGUCGGUGUGUGCCAAAGAUAGGUGAUGCGUUCCCUGACAACUUUACCCUUAACGAUGUUAACAGUGCCAAUGAGACAGCUGAAAAGGUGAAAACUGCUGUUGGGGAUUUGUUGGGUAGCUUCAAUGCCAGGGAGGUGGGGAUGAGGAUUUUUGAAGAUUUUACCAAGUCCUGGUACUGGAUAUUAAUUGGCCUGGUAAUUGCUAUGCUUGUGAGUCUGCUGUUCAUGGCACUCUUGAGGUUCCUGGCAGGAAUUCUGGUCUGGAUCAUGAUCAUUGCCCUGGUUGUUGUCAUUGCUUACGGGAUCUGGCACAGCUACUGGGAGUAUGACACUCUCAACAAGCAAGGGGCGACCAUCGCGUCUGUCGGAUUCACCACGGAUCUCCAGGUCUACGGACAAGUCAAGGAGACCUGGCUGGCUGUAUUGAUCAUCCUGGCUGUCCUGGAGGUUAUCAUCCUGCUGCUCCUGAUCUUCCUGCGGAAGAGAAUCCUCAUUGCAGUCGCGCUCAUCAAAGAGGCCAGCAAGGCGAUUGGUCACAUCAUGUCAUCACUUCUUUAUCCCUUAGUCACCUUUGUUCUACUGCUGAUUUGUGUGGCUUACUGGGGACUGACUGCUCUAUAUCUGGCCACUUCGGGGCAGCCACUGUAUCGAGUGGUGAACUUGGGCCAGUCAACUCCCAGCUGCAAUGCCAUCCCUGGCAAUGAAACCUGUGACCCCUUGUCCUUCAACGCCUCCAAGUACAACUGUGAGGGGGUGAAGUGUGCCUUCUACAAGUACAACGACGAGGGAAUCUUACAGCGGAACCUCUUCAACCUCCAGAUCUACAACAUCGUUGGCUUCUUAUGGUGCAUGAACUUUGUCAUCGCGCUGGGUCAGUGCACCCUGGCAGGGGCUUUCGCCUCCUAUUACUGGGCCUUCAAGAAACCAGCGGACAUUCCCUAUUUUGCAGUCUCUGGUUCCUUCAUUCGCUCCCUCAGAUAUCAUACUGGCUCUCUGGCCUUUGGAGCACUGAUCCUGACCAUUGUCCAGCUCAUAAGAAUUAUCCUGGAAUACUUGGAUCACAAGCUGAAACAUUAUCAUAAUCCCUUUACCAAAUUCCUGUUGUGUUGUCUUAAGUGUUGCUUCUGGUGCCUGGAGAAAUUUAUCAAGUUCAUAAAUCGUAACGCCUACAUCAUGAUCGCUGUCUACGGUAAGAAUUUCUGUGUGUCAGCCAAAAAUGCAUUCAAGCUCUUGAUGAGGAAUGUGGUCAGGGUGGUGGUGCUGGACAAGAUCACAGACCUGCUGCUGCUUUUUGGAAAGCUCCUUGUGGUUGGUGGUGUAGGUGUUUUGGCAUUUUUCUUCUUCACUGGACGGAUAAAAAUUCCUAACCCGACAUUCCAGGCUCCGACCUUGAACUAUUAUUGGGUGCCAAUACUGACUCUGGUAGUCGGCUCCUAUAUGAUUGCCCACGGGUUCUUCAGUGUUUACAAUAUGUGCGUCGACACGCUGUUCCUCUGCUUCUUGGAGGAUCUCGAGAGGAACGACGGCUCGGCGGAAAAGCCUUACUACAUGCCCUCGUCCCUGAUGAAAAUUCUCAAUAAGAAAAACAAACCCGUCAAAUCCAAGGAGAAGAAAUGAGCUCCCGGCCGCCUGCAAGUUCAGACGUUGUAAAACGGUUGAACGCCAUUCGUUACUUUUUUUUAAUGUUCAAGGGGAAGAGAGCAGACUUGGGGAGGGUUAGCCGAAAGACUUCCAGAAGAAUCCCACUCCCUCCCUCUCUAGGUGUAGAUCAACAGCCCCAUCGUGGAAUAGAUUAGAAAUAACAUGGGGGUUCUCUCCACUUCUGUAAAUGAACGGGAUCUCCCCAUCCUAGCAAUUUCCUUGUUCCCUUGCCAGUUCUGAUAAAAGGGAUUCUACUGGCACACACUCUUGGCACCUUAAUAACUACGUUCAGGAUUGGCUCGGUGAUGCCUUCCAGAGCCCAUCAGCUGCUUAAAGUAUGCUUUUAAUUUUAUUUAAUAUUGGUUGGCCCACUGAUAUCAUUGACUCAGUCCUCCCUGACCUUGAUCCAAGGGGAAUUAGAUUUGUUGCUGUUAAUAUUUAUAACUUGUGCCUUUUGGGGGAAAAAAAUGACUUUUUUUCCCCCCUGAAGUAAAUUGUAUUAAAUGCACUCUAUCUUUCCUUCUCUCUAACAUUCCCUCAUUUCCUGUCACUCACCCUCUCUCUCAUUUAUAUGGAUAAGACAAUAUUCUGAUUGAUUUAGGUCACAAACAGUAUUCCCACAUGUACCAUCCUCAAUAUGGAAAGAUUUUCUCUUGUUAUAAAACCAGCCUCAGCCCUCAGUGCAUGGAGGAGCUUGAUAGCAGCCUGAGCCAGGCAGGAAGUCCCUGACGUCUGACCCUGAGACAGCACCAAUGUGAAACCUCACUCUUUCCCCCCCCCCCCCCAUAAAUGUGCAUUUUCACGUCCUUCCUUUCCUCCUUUUGCCUAUCUCCUCCCUUCCAUAACUCUCCCUCCAGUUUCCUUCCUUCCCCCCUCCCUAUUCAUUAUAUUGAGCACCUGCUUCCUCUCUCUUUUCCUCCCUCCGUUCCCUUCUCCUAUGCCUCCAGCCUUCCCUUUCUUCCUCUGUCACCUGGGAUCUGAAGGGUAGGGGUCAGUUUACAACCUACUCCUUUGGAUAGUUGUGCUGCAUUGAGCCAAGUCAAGGGCUAGCAGAGAAACAGGAAAUUAAGACAGGCCCAGGACAAGAGUGGUGUUCAGACCCCAAUGUAAUGUCGACCAUGUCACGAUAAGCAGUGCUGUACAAUGUCUUUGUUAAUGCCACCAUGUUACAUUACAGUCCCAGUGGGAUCAAUGUAGGGAAAAGGAUGGGCGGGGACAAUGUGCUGUGCUCAUCCCCUUUAAUGUUCCAGGAGCCCCUAUAGCUGGACCAGAUCUAAAGCUCUGUGAAUGUCAAGCCUUCUCCAGUCUCUGCCUUUAUUUACCCUCUGGGAGCUAAGGGAAGGUGAUGGUGUGAAGUGGCAUCUUGGUACUUGGUUAUUGGCCUUAUUUCUUCUUUGUUCAGCUCAGUCCCACUUUGGGGGCCGCAAGAGUUUGCCUGACAUUGAGUCCAUUGCGGAUAUGAGACAUUCUCUGCAGUAGACUGAAUAGCUGUAGCUGGAUUUCAGUGAACAGCAACAAAAAAAGGAAUGAUUUUCAAAGUCUGCCCUUGGGCCUGAGACAGGAACUGAAUGCUUUAGGGCUGUGGUGGCAAGAUCAGUCAGCCGGUAAUUGAGUCUGUGAUGCUCUGAUGUCUGACUCCCCCUUAAUGCCCAAUCCACCCCACUCAACCACCCAGUCUUGCAAUGUUCACUGGAUAUUAAAUCCCUUUGUUUCCUCCACCUUUUUCAGGGGGUGGGAGAGGUGUGUUCUGUCAAUGUAAUUUCCCACUUUUCAAAGGUCAGAACAACAUUUCUGGAUAUAUUAUAAAAGCCAAACAAAGUCCAACUGCAAGCGUUGCAGUUAGUCUUAGGCUCCAUCAACAGUUGGACUCACCGACAGCUUCAGAUGUCUCCCAUCUGAGGAAAAUGUGUUUUUUUUUCUGUGCAACAAGCAAAAAGAUAACCCUUCUGAAUUUGUUUCAUUCUAUUUCUCUGUGCUGGGGUGAUUCUUCACAGGGCAUGUGGCUUGUCAUCUGGUGAGGGAACGAGUGAGGAGGGGGCUCCCUCAUUUCCUGUUGUUGAGCAUUCAGUUAAGAGCCUGUAACAGUGACUAAUCUUCCCAGCUCCAAGGUCACUGGCUUCACUAACCGAGCACUAGCUGCUUGGUGUCACUGAGCUCUGUGCCAUGCUGAGGCUCCACACAUUAUUGAAGGGUGUGACUGUGAUUAUUUAUUUAUUGAUUGUUUUACACAAUUCAUCCAACAGAGAACAUUUCGUUCAAAUUUUUGUUCUUUUCCCCCAUCAAACCUCCAUCCAUAUGAUGAUAACAGUUGUGGAGCCCAUUUAUAUUCGUGCUAAUAGCAGUCUCCCUGGGGUGUUUUGUGAUUUUACUGCUGGGUCCCAACACACUUUAAAUACAAUUCUGAAGAAUUCCUGAUUGGUAUGAAAAUCAGAUUUUUUUUAAAAAAACUUAAAAAUAUUUAAGUUAAAGCAAAACCUUCAGGGUAACCUUGUCUGUUAGAUUGGCUGGACGUAUGAUUUGCACUGCAGGGUGGCACUAACGGCGCGGGUUCAAUUCCUGUGUGAGAUAAGGCUACAGUGAAGGUCCCAACUCCUCAGCCUUAUCCCUCAUUUAAGGUGUGAUGACCCUUGGGAUAAACCACAACAGUCACCCCUCUCCAAUGAGAGACCAGCUUCUCUAUGACUACAGUGACAUGACCUUUACCAGCUCCAAGCUGAGUGACUUCCAAUUGAAUGAAAAUUUCUGGGUGGGUUUGGGAAAUUGGGAAUGCAGACAGUGUGGGUGUUGGUUAAGACUUUCCCAGGAGUGCAUUUAUACUUACCCUAUACUCCCAUCAUGAUCAAUCAGAAUACUUUCUUUUCCCCCCUUUUUCUCUCUCUGUCUCUCUACCUCUGUAUCUCAGUUUCUGGUAUCCAACCGUGAUUGCACUUUGAGAUUCUUUAAGCAGCCAGUGAUUGAAGAAGGGGGAACAGGGUCUUCUAUCUUAAUCUUGUUUUUGGGGGGUAGGGAGGAGGGUUUGUUGUAAUGAAUUGACACUCUGGCACUUCAACCUGUUCACCGAGGAGGCUAAUGAUAGCGGCAGAGCCUGAAGUCUGCAUGAAGCCACUUCCUGGAACAGACUGCUGGACUUGUCCACACACUGAACACAGUAACCUGUGUUCCAGUGUCUGAAUUGUCUUUAACAUGUGCCUUGGAGGUGACAGGGUUGGGGGAUGGUGUGGUGGAAUGGGGUUUCUCAGGUUAUCUCUGAGCCAAAUUGUGGUGACCCAGUCUGGACCUCAGUGCCUUUGACACUUUUUGUAAAUUUAAUCCAAUCAGGUUGAUGUAAUUUUUAUUUUCCAUUGUUUUAAGAUGUGCCUUGUACAUCUCUCUGCUUGACGAGCUGAGGACAAUUUGCUUCUGGACAAAAUAAUUUGGAUGACACCAAGCGAGACCUGAGCUCGGUGGAAAAUCCUUUGAUUUUAGCUUAUGAUCAUGAGUGGACUGAGAGUUGACUGAGUGUCAGAAUGGGAUUGUGCUGCAGCCCAAUGCUCAUCGUGAGAGGUCCUUUACUAUCCAAAUCACUGCUCAUGAUUUUUAUACCAUGCUAAUUACUUCUCAGGAUGAACAAAGUGAAUUUUAUAUGAAAGCUUAACAUUUUUAAUUGCUCUGCAUUGGAUGUGAGUGAGUCAUGUGGAUUAUGGUGUCAGCUUCCAAAACUGAGCAGUUGGAAUAAUCAUAUUUCUCUUUAACCAUCUUAACUGUUUUUUUCCCCCCUCACCCCAUUAUGAUAAACAGUGGUCUGCAUUCACUCACUGGACAGUGUAACUCAAUGGUUUAAUCUGAAUGGCACUUUUCUGAAUGAGAAAUCAAAUGUUUGCAAACAGUAUUGGAGUUAAUAUCCAGGCUGUAAACCCUGAUUCUCCAUCGCUUUCUCACAACAUCAUUGCACUAGACUACAGACUGGUUCAGUCAUUUUGCUUCGACUGGAUUUAGCUGUUGAUCAGUUUAUUGUUUUCACAAAUGUUUCAUAGCUCUGUUAAUAAAGAUAACUGUGAAUGA